UUGAAAACUACAUCCCCCUGAUACGACUGCGACAAAGCUGUAAUGUAGCCGACGAACUCUCCGUGCUACGCAGCGAAAUAUGUCGACUUCCAAAUAUACAUAAAACUUCGUCGCGUGGUCUUAACCCAAGACCAGUUUUGCGAAUGUAACCGUCGGCUACAUCACUUCCUUUCGCAGUACGAGAGCACAGUGCUAAUUGCUAUGAAAUUAGCCGGUAACCAUAGCCAUGCUAAGUAGCCGAGGAUACGUACUGUUCGACCAUGUUGUCCGAUUUAUUGCAAGGAAAUGAUGCAGGAGGUUUUCUUAUCAUAGAAGAUUCUGUGAAGCACUGUGGUCGAGAUCUCCUUUGGAGCUUCAUAUCAGCCACACUGAACAGGGACGAAGCAGUCCAUGUGCUUGGUUUUGACAUCAGUGAAGAGGAGCUAAAACAUGGAUUAAAACGGUCCCAGAGUGAAAGGCUGCGAGUUCACAAUGCAUUCGCUGACCCACUUGGCUGGACUGGUGACUCAGUCUUCACAAUUGACCAGUUCUCAAAUGAGAAAAUAACACAUCUUGUAAGACAAGCAUCCCAACCGGUGACCUUAGUUAUCGACUCACUUUCUUGGAUUUUGAGGCACCUAAGUCCUGUCAUUGUUUGCAGGACUAUUCAGCAGCUUAAAAAUGGGGGAGCUGUUAGAGCUAUUAUUGGUCUGCUGCACACUGACAUGCAUCAACAAGGGAUUGUUGGAAGUAUCCGCCACCUGGCUACUACAGUGAUCAGUGUAAUGCCUGGCCAGAAGUUGGGCGAUGCAAAGGCGAAGAUCAUAAGGCGUCUGAAGUCUGGGAAAGUUAUGCAAGAGGAUGAGUUAAUUGCCAUCAACGAGGAUCUUACCGUCACUGUACAGAACAAGCACAGUCAUCAUGGAUCAAAAAAGACAGAUUCAGACGAACUGGAGAGGGACCCCACUGCCAAUUUAACUUUCAACCUGCGGUUGUCUGAUACAGAACGUGAGGCGAAGGAUCAUCUUGCUCUACCAUUUGUAUUCAGCCAGCAAAAACAAAAAGCCCUGCUUCAGUCUGGUCCAGGUUCUGGGCGAAUUCUGUAUGAGCCUGAUGCAUAUGAUGAUUAUGACCAGGAGGACCCAGAUGAUGAUCUUGAUGUGUAGACCCAGAAACCUGUGGGGUUGCAGAGCACAUCAAUAAAAGUUUCAAAGUUGA